CUCUUAAAAAUUCUAGGUCUUCAUUAGCAGAAGAAAAGAGAACAGAAAAAAGUCCGGCACUGCAUCAAAUGAAAGAACAGGAAGAAAAAAGUACUCCUGAUCAUGAAGAGGAAGAUGAGGAGGAGGCAGAGAAUGGGGAGGAAAGUCAGGAUGGUCCACUUCUAGUUCCUCGUGUGAAAGUAGCAGAAGAUGGUUCAAUUAUUCUGGAUGAAGAGAGUUUAACUGUAGAAGUUCUAAGAACAAAAGGUUCCUGUGUUGUAGAAGAAAAUGAUCCCAUCUUUGAACGUGGUUCUACAACUACAUAUUCCAGCUUCAGGAAAAGCUUUUAUACCAAACCAUGGUCAAAUAAAGAAACAGACAUGUUCUUUUUAGCUAUCAGUAUGGUUGGAACAGACUUCUCCUUGAUUGGACGAUUGUUUCCUCACAGAGCCAGAGCAGAAAUUAAGAACAAGUUCAAACGUGAGGAAAAAGCAAAUGGCUGGAGGAUAGACAAAGCUUUCAAAGAAAAGCGGCCCUUUGAUUUUGAAUUGUUUACCCAGCUUCUUGAGAAGGUCUUGGCAGAUGAGGAAAAGAGGAGGCAGAAGACUGUUAAGAGCCAGAAGCCAAAGGAAAAGAAGCCACUAAGGCCUAGGAAGAAACCAAAAGGUAUUUCAAAAGAAUGUAUGAGAGCACAGGCUAAUUGUUAGUAAGAUGUUGCUAGC